AUGGCCGCAUGUUGAACGAAACGAUUUUCUUUACUGUUAGCCAAAUAAAAUAAUAUCAGCUUGAUUUGUAAGCGGAUUUAUGUUGAACGCGUAGCUUGGGCUCUAAUCUGUUCUCGACAUAAAAUAAGGAAGAUGAUGCAUCAUCCGAACAUGCAUCAUCAGGCGAUGUCGGGGCACCCGCCCCAACAUAUGCCGGCGCACCAGGGAAUACCGGGACACCACCAAAUGCCGCCGCAUCAGCUUCACAGGGAGAACAGGCACGUAACAUUGACUAGGGUACCGCUGGGACCAUCGGGCGGCAUGGGGGGUGUCGGAGGCAGUGGGGGCCUGGGGGCGCACGGGGGGCAUGGGCACGGACAGAUAGGCGGUCUGGGGGCGCUAGGCGUGCACGGGCCGCAUGCGCCUCAUGCGCCUCAUGCGCCACACUCUCAACGCCCGCCGCAUGCCAUCCACCACAUGCACCACACGCCUGCCCCGCCACCGCCACAGCCGCAGCAUCACAAUCACCCACCUACAAUGAAGCCAAUGCGGCGACCGUACCUGGGCGGCGGGUACGGACCUGGGCCGGGCGUGAUGCCGCCGCCGUACGCACCUGAGCCGCAUCAGCCCGAGCACGCGCCCGCGCACCCGCCACAGAACGCUCCUCCCAUCAACGCAAAACAGCCAUCACAUACAGUAGGUCUGUGCAAGCCGCCUUCGCCUGUAAUCAUGGCACAAACCAACCUCGUGUCUGACUUUGGGGUGCAUUCAUCAACAAACGCCGCUCAAGCAACCACAAGCUCCGGCGCAGGCGAGCCGGUGAAUGUGGGGAGCACGGUGGAGAGCGCGGCCGAGGAGGCGUGCGCGAGCGCGGCGGCGGGCGACAGCGAGGCGAAUCGCUCGCCGCCGACACCGGCCAACAGUAAAGAGAAGACUCCCAUGUGCCUGGUCAACGAGCUGGCCAGGUACAAUAAGAUUAAGCAUCAAUACCGCCUCACAUCAGAAACGGGACCCGCUCACAAGAAAGUAUUCACAGUAACACUCCGAUUGGGUGAUACUGAAGAAUACACAGCUGAGGGCUCGUCGAUAAAGCGCGCACAACACGCGGCGGCCAGCUCGGCGCUGGCGGGUACGGGAUACCCGCCCCCCUCACCGCGCGCGCCGCCCACUCACCCGCAUCCCCACCCCGCACACAGGCACGCAGGUGCAGUGAUGCCCACUGUGGAACUGAAUGCGCUGGCCAUGAAGCUGUGCCAGCCAGCAGUGUAUACGUCCAUCCCGCCUGUGCCCGCUCCGCCGCGAAUGACGCGCACACGCCCCCCAGCGCCCUUCCGCCUGACUCCUUUCGUCCCCAACGCAUACCAUCCGCGAAUGCUCACUCCUGGGCUACUAUACAGAGUGCGCGUGUGCGUGGGCGGGCGCGCUUGGCUGGGCGAGGGCGCCACCCCGCAGGCGGCGCGGCACGACGCGGCGGCGCGCGCGCUCGCCGACCUGCGCCCCAAGCACGACGCGCCCCCCACCCCUCACCAGCCGUCGCCUGUCGACAACGAGAACGGCGAUGCUGGUGCGGACCUCCUAAACUCAGAAGUGAAGUCGCCAGUGUCGCUGGUACACGAACUUGCCCUGAAACGCAACCUCUCCGUUCUUUUCACCGUCAAAUCGGAGCGUGGCCCGCCGCAUAUGAGGGUGUUCGUAACAGCAUGCACGGUGGGCGACAUGGAGACAGAAGGCGAGGGCAACGGCAAAAAGGUGUCUAAACGGCGCGCUGCUGAAAAGAUGCUGGAAGAAAUGCGUCGCCGCUGGCCACCUGCGUUGCUUCGGGCCAGACCGCCGCAUGAUAAGCGUAAACCGCAGCCAACUAAAAAGAAACCUCGGAAUCUGAUCAAGGAGGGCGGCACGGAGCGCACGGCGAGUGGCGGCGGCGGCGCGGACAACCCCAUCUCGCGGCUGGCGGUGGCGCGCCACGCCGUGCGCGCGCGCAGCCCGCAGUACCGCGUGCUGGAGGAGCGCGGCGCCGCGCGACGGCGCGAGUUCGUGGUGCAGUGCGACGCGCCGCCGCACUCCGCCACGGGCCAGGGCCCCAACAAGAAGACCGCCAAGCGGCGCGCCGCGCACAACGUACUGCUAGCGAUGGAGAUCAGCGGACCGGAGAACACAUCGGCCGGCACGAAUAGCCCCGACGCGGGCGCUAACGGAGCCGCCGACGUGCCUAAAACUAACAACCUUAACAAUAACGACAUUAAACGAAAAGAUGGCGAAACGACUGCUAGUGGCGGUGCCAGCAACGAGGUUCGACAGCCAGUACCGGGUGUACUGCUCAUGGAUUACCAUCAGAGAUCUGGACAACCCACGCCGCCUAACGGCGUCAGCGAAACAAGCGCGACAGGCGGGUCCGGAGGUAACACGCCGGGUGCCAAGGAUCAGCUUAUGUAUUUGUCGCAGCUACUGGGAUUCACAGUGCAGUUCUCCGACUUUCCUAAGCGCAACCACGGAGAGUACCUGUCGUUGGUAUCGCUAUCGACGGAGCCACCGGUGAUGUGUCACGGCGGCGGGCCGUCCACGCAGCACAGCCACGAGCAGUGCUCGCGCGCAGCCCUGCGCGCACUCGCGCUCAUGGGACUCGAUGCGCCCACCACCGGGUAAAUUACUUUCGUUCUACCUUCACCACAAACAAAAGGAAAAUAAGUAUGCAGGCCAUGGCAGGGCCAGGGCCAGGCGCCAACCCCAGCGUCAUUACCAAUGGAAUUUCCGAGUAACGGCGCGUUCCGCAGUUUCAUAUACUAAGUUAGUUUGUUUCAUUAUUAUUUGCAAUAUUAUGCACAUGUCGUGAAUAUUUCAGAGCGCGAAAUGCACGGGACAAUGUUUUUUCAUAUAUGAUUAUUAUUAUAUAUUUCUAGCUAUGACAUAUUCACAAUGACAUUUUUUUGUUUGUUUUUGAUCUCGGGUCUUGCAACAACACUAGUUUCCUUUUUAUUCGAAACAUUUUCCUAUUUUACUAGAAUUACAAAUGUAUAUUUUUUUUGUUAUACUCUACGAUAGGUCGCUAUUUUAUUUAAUUUUCCACAGUCCACUGGAAACUGUCGCUCACAAACUAGACAUUUUUAUUGUUAUAUUCUUUUUUUUAUAGAACGAUGUAUGUCGAAAUCACGAAAGAACGUUUAAGUUACAUGAGCCAGGAGGUACGCUCUUCUCGAUUUAACUAUAGGCAUAGUUAUUGAGAUAACAAUUAGUGUAUUAUACUCGCCACAUUAUUUAAUUGGUUAUAUUUUUGAAAUGUAGCUGACAUUAUUUUAUAAUAGUAGAUUGGACAUAAAGUAUCAUAAAUUAUGUAGAAACGAAUAUUGUUACGAAACUAAGGCUGUGAAGCCAAACCAAAAGUUGAUCGGGAUCGGUUAGCUUCGUCACCACCGAUGCACAUUUUGGCAGCCCCUAAAGGAGAGCGUUUAGCAAAAGCCAUUUUUUUCAUUUGAUCAAUGAAGUCUAUUGUUGAAAAAAAAUGCUUAUAUUAGGGUGUAUUAAGCUUCCGGUGGUCGGCUACCGUCUCGACGAAUGCUAAAAGUUACAUCAUGCGGCCAUGGUGUCUCCUUUAGUCUAGCUUACAGCAGUAAUCGCCGUAGCCCUCGUGCACUAGCUGUUAUUUCAUUGUAAGCACUGCGCACGAGCAGGAACCGUGGUGUGGGCCGAUCACCGUCUAGUCAGAGCCAAUCAAGAUAUGAAACGCGCAGAAACCUAAGUUUAAAUAGUCGUGAUCGACUCUCAACGAAAUAACUCGCUCGUGUGCAGGCCUUGUUUCAUUCAGUAUUCGCUCUGCCUCCUCUGUUGUAAUUUAAGCACGCACUCGCGGGGAGUACGGCGAUUAGAUACAUCGUGUGGCCUCGAUUUUUAACCACUCUAGUGAGUGAGCGUUUUUACAAUUAUUCUUCCCGACCCUAAGCUAUGAAAUGUGUAAUUUUAGACCUAAGAGACUUCGACGAUGGACACAAUAAAAAUUAAUUAGUUAGUAAUCUACCUUAGACUUAGGCUAAGAUUAAUGGUUGCUUGUUUGUAUGCUGAUGCGCCUAAAUCUCUGUAUAACCUGUACCUUUGCAUGUAUCACUAAAGUUUUAGCGUAAUGUUUCACUAAAAAUCACUUUUUUAACAUAAUCUUUCUACGUGUUAUUAUAAUAAGUGUUGGUACAAUUGAUCGGUGGCAUUAUAAUGUAGAUUUAUCUAUGUGCUCGUAUCAUAAUGUUUAGAACCGACCCAAAGGGGACCCGCGAACCGAUCAGUUGUAUACUGAUUGUACAUUUCAUUGUAAUGGGUCCGAUAAUAAACUUUAAUACGGCGAUGGAUUUUUCGAUCAAUAAGUUUGAUCUUUCGUCGUUUAGUUUAAGCGACAUUAUGUCGCCAGUUUUUGCGGUUUACGAGACAAGUUAAAUACUUUUACAUUACGUAAACGUUGUAGUAACUAGUAGUUGUAAACCUGCUAUUUACUUGGUAACCAAUUUACUUAAGGAAUCGUGGAAAUGAUUUUAAAUCGAGGCCAAUGAAAUAAUUUCUCUAUGUUGCUAGUUGCACAAGUAACUAAGCAUAAAGAACUUAAAUAGGUUAUCAUAUUUGGUAAAGAAAAUACGCCAGAAGGGCA